AUGGGUGACGGUUUCUGUCUUGUCUUACAGAGUCAGUUCCGGUUCGACAAUGAGAGUUAUCUUCAGCUGCCGGAGAACCACAGACGGCAGGUGUUGUAUGAUGGCAAAUUGGCAUCAGCACUUGUCUUCAUGUACAACCCAGUAGCAACAGAUUCCCAGCUGUGUCUUCAGUCUGCUCCGAAGGGAAACCCGUCCUACUUUGUUCACAAUCCCCACGCUCUCAUGCUGCAGGAUGUGAAGGCAGUGGUAACACACAGUAUCCACAGUACCCUAAACAGCAUGGGUGGGAUCCAGGUAUUGUUUCCCCUCUUUCAGCAGCUAGACUUGCCACAUGACACCCCACCAGCCAUCAAUGAUUAUUAUAACACCAACAAAGAUCCUUCACUUGGGUCAACAUUAGUGGGAUUCAUUUGUGAGAUGGUUGAGAGCUGCAACACUGUUCAGCAACACAUGGUACAGAACCGUGGCUUUCUAGUAAUCUCCCACCUCUUACACCGCGCCUCCCGCCACCACGUGACCAUGGAGGUCCUCACUGCCUUCCUAAAGCUCACAAAGUUCCUUGUCACGUGUCCGAAUUCUAACUCUGAUUUACUUCUAAAACAGCUUCUAGACCACAUCCUCUUCAACCCAUCCUUGUGGAUUUAUUCCCCGGUGGCAGUUCAAAUGCGCUUGUAUACCUACUUGGCCACAGAGUUCCUCUCAGACACACAGAUCUAUGGCUCUGUGCGUAGAGUGUCAACAGUCUUGCAAACAAUGCACACACUGAAGUACUACUAUUGGGUUGUCAAUCCAAGAGACAAGAGUGGAAUAAAUCCCAAAGGCCUUGAUGGUCCUCGGCCAAGUGAAAAAGAUGUUGUGAGCCUGCGUGCAUACAUGCUGCUGUUCCUAAAGCAGCUGAUCAUGAUUGGAAAUGGUGUGAAGGAAGAUGAGUUGCAAGCAAUUCUCAACUUUCUGUCAACAAUGCAUGAGGAUGAAAACCUCCAUGAUGUUCUCCAGAUGCUCAUGUCCCUCAUGUCAGAACACCCAUCUUCCAUGGUUCCAGCCUUCGACGCUAAGCAUGGAGUUCGUACAGUUUUCAAACUCCUUGCUUCAGAGAGCCAGUUGAUCCGGCUUCAGGCUCUCAAGCUGCUUGGGUACUUCCUCUCCAGAUCCACUCACAAGCGCAAGUACGAUGUCAUGAACCCCCACAACCUGUACACACUUCUUGCCGAGAGACUACUGGUGCAUGAGGAAACGCUCACCUUACCAACCUACAAUUGUCUUUAUGAGAUUCUAACUGAGCACAUCAGUCAGCAAGUCAUGUAUUGCAAGCAUCCAGAACCAGAAUCACACUACCGUCUAGAAAACCCAAUGAUCCUGAAAGUUUGUGCAACUUUGAUUCGCCAAAGCAAACCCUCUGAUUCAUUAAUGGAGGUGAAGAAACUGUUUUUGUCAGAUAUGACAUUACUCUGUAAUAACAAUAGAGACAACAGGAGAACAGUGUUACAGAUGUCAGUAUGGCAGGAAUGGCUCAUUGCACUGGCAUACAUCCACCCCAGAACAACAGAAGAACAGAAGAUCAGUGACAUGGUCUACUCCCUGUUCCGCAUGCUGCUCCAUCAUGCCAUCAAGUUUGAAUAUGGGGGCUGGAGGGUUUGGGUUGACACACUGGCCAUUGUUCAUUCUAAGGUAUCAUAUGAAGAAUUCAAACUCCAGUUCGCUCAGAUGUAUGAGCAGUAUGAGAGGCAUCGGUCAGAUAACAUCACUGACCCAGCUAUCCGGCAACAGAGGCCAAUCUCUACCAUCUCAGGCUGGGAUCAGGCGGCAAGCAGACAGUACUAUGUAAACACAGAUGUGUACCCCAAUGGCAGUGGAACAGAGAUUGUAGGAGAAAAAAUGCCAGCUGUUGAAAAUGGGAAAGUUUCCAGCACACCUGAACCAGUUCAAGAACUUCCCAAAGAUAUAGAAACUGACUUAGCAUUAAAGGAGAGAAGUCAGGGCAUCAAGAUAACAGAGGAAAAAGAGCAGCUUCACCAGCAGCAUCUUCAGAAACCUUUGGAAGAAGCAGAGCCCAAAGAGGACAAGAGUCUAGGUUACAGUUUGGGUAGUGUUAGUGGAGGUAAUGCACUAAAGGCAGAAGACAAGGGUGAACCUUCUCAUAGUGCCAUAGAACGGACUUUAGAGACCACCUCCUCAUCAGAUCUAAAACCUUUAGAAACCAAUCCAACAACUGUGCAAAUCCAAGGAGAAGUUAGUAUAUCUGAUCCAGAUGAUUUUAGGUGUAAUGAAAUGCUCAACACUAGCAGUGUAGAGGUAGAUACCCUGGAUAACAGACAUUUGGAUAAUAAAACCAUAGAGGAGUGUGGGGAGAAGAGUGAAAAGAAAGUAGCAGAGGAGGAGAAGGAUAAAACAACGAAAGAAAAGGAGGGCAUGAAAAUUGAAGAUGUUGCCAGAGAAGAUCCUGAUACACCAAAGAAAGGUGAAAGAAGCACAGCAGAUGAGGAAAGCAAGUCAGAUGAAGAAGAGAAGAAAGAUGAAGACAAGCAAGAAGGAUCAGAUACAGAAAAUGUGGAAACCAAGGCUACAGUCAUUCCACCAGUGGAGAAGCCGGAGAAAGAAGAAACAUCUGACACCACAUCUGACGAGAAGCCCAAAAGUAGUGAAGAGAGCACUGCAGAUGUAAAAGGAGAGGAGACACAAAGAGAAAAAACUCCUGAUACCUCUGAUGGAACUGAGGUAGUUGAAACAAAGGAAAAAGUUGAGGAUGAACAAAAAGAAAAACCUAGAGAAGAGGAGAAAGAAGGAACAAAGGAGGAAACUGACAAAGUGAAAGAAAUUGAAGAAGGAGGAAGUGCUGAAGAGAAUGAAAGUUCAGAAAUUCCUGAAGUAGCACUUCCAGCACCUCCUCAGCAACCAAUGAUUGCAACUAUCUCAGGAAGCUUACAUGAGAAGGAUAAAUGUGAGAAAGAGAGGGGAGUGAAGGAAACUGAUGAGGAAGGUGAAGUUCAAGUGGUUGAUGUUGUUGGCAAAAGUUCAGAAGCAAAGGAGGAAACUGAAGAAAAGGACUCAAAUCAGGCUCCUGUAAAUGAUGUACAGGAAGUCUCAUCAGUGGAUAAUACUAAGCAGAUAAAUACUGAAGAAAAAACAAAGGAAACACUGAGUGACAACAAAAGCAUAGCCCCUGAACUAAAGGCUUCUGAAAGACAAAAUGAUAGCAUAGAGGGACAGCCACCUUUAGUUAGUAAUAAAGAUACUGAUGUAGAAGAAACACCAGUGUCAGAUGUUCCACCAGACACAUCAAAAAUAGAAAUAUCUGCCUCUGAAGGUUUAUUAACCCUACCUUCUAAAGCCUGUGAUAAUGUACAAACCACUGCUAAUUCUGCCUCUUCCCCUGCAGCUUCUAGUCCUGUUAGUAGUGCUGUUACAACUCCCAAAAAAGACUUGUUGACUCAAAGUACCAGUCAGACUUUAGCUGAAGACAAACAAGAGCAGACCAAGAUUGAAGUACAAUUGACAAAUAAAGAAGUACAAGAUUCCACUGUGGAAGAUUUGCAAUCAAGCAUGGAAGAGGUUCUCUGUUCCCCAAGUAAAGAUGGUAAUUGUGAACCUGCAUCAUCAGAUAUAGAGGUUCAGGAUUCACCCAUUACAAUGGUUCAUAGUUCCUCAUGUACAGAGACUGAAGGUACUCCCAAGAAGGACAUGUCAGUUAUACCAGGCACAAACAAAAGCACAGAAAAACAGGGACAACUUGAUCAUACCACAGAAAGAACCUAUCCAGAGACUGUGGAGGGGGUGCCCAAUGCUCUUGUUCCUGAAGAGCAACCAUCCCAGGUGGCUACUCCUGCUUCAAGUUCCAGACACAGGCCCAGGGAUAAAGAAUCCCAGACAGAGGAAACUGGAGAUGAUGAUAUAGAUAGAUUAGAGGCAGAAGAUAUCCUUCAGGUACAGGUUGAAGCUGGCGAAAAUGCACUUCCUCCUGUAGAGGAUGACAAGGAGAUGGAAGCCAAGAUGGUGGAAGAAAACUCCAUUGUAAAAAGCAGUGAAGUGGAAAGAUUAUCAAAAGACCAAGUUGAUCUUGGUUUGAAAAGACAUGGAAUUUCAUUGACAAAUCAAGCAAAUGCAGAAAAGGAAAAAGACAGACAGAGUGAAUCAGAACGCAAGUCAGCAUCAGUCUCCCGAAGUUCCUCUAUUGGUUCUUCACAGUCCCAUUCUCGCCAGAUAUUCUCCUCAGGACCUACACGGCCACCUUUCAGAAUUCCAGAGUUCAGGUGGUCAUACAUUCACCAGAGACUUUUGUCAGAUGUGUUAUUCUCCUUAGAAACUGAUAUGCAAGUGUGGAGAAGCCACUCCACAAAGAGUGUACUGGACUUCGUAAACAAUAGUGAAAAUGCCAUCUUUGUGGUUAACACAGUUCACCUCAUAUCUCAGCUGGCAGACAAUCUCAUUAUUGCUUGUGGUGGCCUCUUGCCAUUAUUAGCAUCAGCUACCUCACCUAAUAAUGAGUUAGAUGUGUUGGAGCCAACACAAGGGAUGGGAGUAGAAGUGGCUGUGUCCUUUUUGCAUCGAUUAGUUAACAUGGCAGAUGUCCUUGUGUUUGCUUCAUCACUCAACUUCUCGGAACUGGAAGCAGAGAAAAACAUGUCAAGUGGAGGCAUUCUCAGACAGUGUUUACGACUGGUUUGCACAGUUGCUGUGAGAAAUUGUCUGGAGUGUCGCGAAAGGACACGCCUUCAGGAUGCUAAUGGGGCAAGUGGCAAUGGCAUCAAACCUGUUAGUAAAUCAAGACACAUUCACUCUCUUAUAAGGGGAGCUCAGGCAUCUCCGAAGAACAUAGUUGAGAACCUGGGUACACAGAACAGUCCAGUUAGAGACCCAGAGAAACUUCUCCAGGAUAUGGAUGUCAACAGACUCAGGGCUGUUAUAUAUCGUGAUGUGGAGGAAACCAAGCAAGCACAGUUCCUGUCAUUAGCCAUUGUUUAUUUUAUCUCGGUGCUGAUGGUAUCAAAGUAUAGGGACAUCCUGGAACCUCCCACCAACGCUCCCUCCUCUCCUCCCCCACCUCCCCAGACAGCUCACACCAAUGGGGCAUUCACACAACACCAUUUCUCAGGUACCGAGCGCACAGGAGAAGUUGAUGAGGAUGGUGAAUAUGAGGUUAUUGUUGUAGAUCAACAUAAUUCCUCCAUUCUGGCAUCAGACCCCUGUUCCACUGCCUCCUCAGGACCCCCAUCUCUUAAGUCUAACCACACUCUAGGAACUGGUCCUGUUCCUAAGUAUGGUUGUAAUGCGUAUGGGGCUAAGGUUACCAAACCUGUAGCUCGCAACAACAUGAUAAACCCCAAGGGCUCUGAAGUUGGUGAAGCUGGAAGUGAUGUUGGAUCAGCAGCUGUCAGCCUUAAUGAGGAACAGAAUGCACAGCCGACUGAUGAUGCUUGGACUGAUGUCAACCUCAAUGAUGGAACACCUGAUGAAGUUGACACCAAAUCCCAGAAAUCUGUGUAUGGUGUAGGAGAGACAAGUGAGGUGACACAGCAACAGCAGCUUUCUACACAGCAGCAAGUAGUACCACCCCAGAUGCCACCACCUCAAUCUCUGUCACAGCAAGACCCACAGCAGCAGCUCUCUGGCCAGAUUUCAGUGCUCUCAUCUCCGUCCAACAUGCCUGAUCCAGUGACAUCCUCGGUGAAGCACCAUCGACCAGAAGACCUCAACAUCAAGCCUUUCCUUCACUCAGACUUACCAAUCCCGACCCCAUCGCGUGAAGCCUCCCUCACCCAGAAACUGGAGAUGGCUUUAGGGUCGGUGUCUCCUCUAUUAAGGGAGAUCAUGGUGGACUUUGCCCCAUUCCUAUCCAAGACGCUGGUGGGCUCCCAUGGACAAGAGCUCCUCAUGGAAGGUAAAG